GCGAACCGUCGCAAAAUGCCAAGAGCCAUGGCGCCAUUCGCGGGGCUGAUGCUCACCGACUGGGGCGGCGUAGCUGCGUGGAAGCGCGCCUUCCUCGACGCCGCAGCAACCCGCGGCCUGCACCAGUACUACACUGUCCACGACUACGAGGACCCAGUGACCAUCUCACCUGCCCGACGCAUCGAGAUCCACGCCGCCGCCGAGGCCGCCGUGCCGCCCGUGCCGCACGACUUGCCGUCGGCCGCGUUUGGUGACGCUGUCCUAGUGCGGGCCCACGCGAUCGUUGCGCAUGUGACCGCCGCCAUGACGGCCGAGGCAGCGGCAGUCCGAGCACACAACGUGGCGGCGGCCGUGUCUUUUUUGCUGUCGGCACUCUCGCCCCACCUUCGCGACGAGCUCGACGAGAGCAAGUCGCCGUCUCUGCUCUGGGCUGAGGUACACGCCAAGGGCUUUGUCCUCAUGGACGACUGCCGCUUCUUCAAGCUCCUAGAAAACGUACGUUUUGCCAACGACGACGAGCUGCCCGACGGCCUCACACGCGUCGAGGAGCACAUCCAGCGCUUCGUCGACGUCAUCUUUGUGCCAAGCCAUGGCUCUGAUGCGCGGCUUUUAGCGGCUGCCGACCGCUUGAAGAUGGCACUGCUCUGCAACGCGUGUCCACCACUGAUGGCCAAAGUUUGUGAAGCCUGGCGCGCCGACGAACCAGUGUGGAACUAUGCAUCGAUGCGGCGUCGGCUCGUCGAGCAGUGCGAGUUGCAGCAUCUUGGCUUCGUGGCCAAUGCCUCGCCGGCGCCCGCAGUCGAUGCUCUACAUGCGCAAGCAGUCGCUGCGCCGCCUGCGACAACGGCGAAAAGCCUGGAGGCCGUGGCCCACAACCCAUCAUCGGCAACGAGCGCAGCGGGUAUACCAUGCAGCCUCACCAGCGAAGUUAUCGGACGUGACGCCGACGACAGCGAGGACGACAUGGAGCUUAGCACCGGCGAUGACGAUGACGUGCCAAUCGCAACACAGCAUCGAGGAAGAGGCCGGCCUAAGAAGCGCCGCCCCGAAUCCUCCGUCCAUGGUUUGCACAAUAGCACGAGCAAUCAGCAAAAGCGCAAGCGGCUCGCGCCCGAAUCAGCGGCGAAGGCUCCGCGAUCUAUAGGUGGUACCGCCUUCGAGCUCAAGGACAAAACCGUCCCCAAAAGAAUGUCGGCGCGACUGCACGCCGGAACCCUGCGAGCCAUGGGAGCCGCGCCAGUCGAGUGCGACGUUCAUGGCAGCAGCACCAAGUCGGAAUCCGACGACGGCACGUCGGUCCGUAAUGCAGCAAAGACCUGCAGGUACAAACCAGAAGAGGUCGAGUUUUUGCGCAGUGCACUUGCGAACACCACCGACUCGGACCAAAUCAUCUACGAGCGCGGCCGUGCGCAGGGUCUCUUUGCCAACCGAUUGUUGUCCUCGAACGCAAGCUCCAACUGCCAAUUGGAAAUGCAAGCAAACGGCAAGCCAAACCACUACACGGGGCCGGUGCUCGCCGACUGGGGCGGCGUCGCUGCGUGGAAGCGCGGCUUCCUCGACGCCGCAGCUGCACAAGGCCUGCACAAGUACUACACUGUCCCCGACUACGCCGACCCCGAGGCCAUCUCGCCUGCCCGACGCGCUGAGAUCCACGCCGCCGCCGAGAUUGCCGCUCUGCUCGCGCGCACGCACGCAAUCAUUGCGUACGUGGCGGGCGCUGUCACGACCGAGGAAGCGGCGGUCCGAGCGCACAAUGUGGCGGCGGCCGUGUCGUUUCUGCUCUCGGCACUCUCGCCCCGCCUCCGCAACAAUCUCGGAACAGACAAGUCGCCGUACGCGCUCUGGACCAAGAUCCACGACAAGGGCUACGUGCUCAUGGACGACUGCCGCCUCUUUGGUCUUCUGGAGCACGUCCGUUUGGCCGACGACGACGAGCUCCUUCAUGGCCUCGCACGCGUCGAGGAGCACAUCCAGCGCUUUGUCGACGUCAUCUUUGUGCCAAGCCAUGGCUCUGAUGCGCGGCUUGUAGCGGCUGCCGACCGCUUGAAGAUGGCACUGCUCUGCAACGCGUGUCUGGGAGAUAUGGCUGACACCUUUGAAGCUUGGCGCGCCGACGAGCCUGCUUGGGACUAUGCAUACAUGCGACGUCGGCUCGUUGAGCAAUCCAAGUCGCUGCAUGGCGGCUUUCUGGCCGAGAACAUACCAGCAAGGGCCGUCGAUGCUCCACAGGUGUUGAUCCCUGAUGCGCCGCCCGCAACCGUGGCCGAUAUGCUAGAGGUGCCGCUUGCAGCCGCAGUCUGCGGCCCAGCGACGGCAACAAGCGCGGAUGACCUAGCAUCCAGCCCCCGCGCCGCCGCAAAAGCCAUCGACCGUGACGUCGACGGCAGCGAGGAUGACAUGGCGCUCGCGACCGAAGACGAUGAUGACGCGCCAAUCGCAACAAUCGGCAAAGGACGACGCCGACUUAAUCUUAAGAAGCGCAGUCCCGAAGCCUCCGCGCAUGGUGUACGCACUAGCACGAGCAACCAACAAAAGCGGAAGCGGCUCGCGCACGAAUCAGCGCCAAAGGCUCCGCGAUGUACGAGCUCUCACGGUCAAUUUAUCUCGACACUUAGGAAUAUAGGUGGUACCGCCUUCGAGCUCAAGGAAGAAGUUGUUGCCACACGGUCCUCGGCGCGACUGCAUGCCGGAACACUGCCGUAUGGAAGCAACCCGUCCUUAUUGCAUCCUUCCACAUGCCGCAAUAGAGAGACGGUCGAGUGCGAUGGGCAGGGUAGCAGCACCGAGUCGGAAUCUGACGACGGCCCGUCGGUCCGUGGUGCAGCGAAGACCUGCAGGUACCAGCCGGAAGAGAUCGAGUUUUUGCGCAGAGCACUUGCGAAUACCACCGACUCGGACCAAGUCAUGUACGAGCGUGGCCGUGCGCAGGGUCUCUUUGUCAACCGCUCGUUCCGAGCGAUUCAGAGCAAGCUGAUGCGGAUGAAGACGACGUCUGCUGCCACAUCGUCUGCCUAACGUCGACGGUUGAUGCAAAAGAGCACUCCCGUUGCUUAUGUAUAAGGGAGGGUCCGCCCUUUACGUCGCCGAUGUGUGGUGUCUUGGUAUUGCAGAUGGGACUCGGUGCCACCGACCGGACUGCACUUGUGGGCUUAUCCCAAGCUCACAGAGAUGGGC